AUGUUUCGAACGAAGGAGAUCUAUGCGGGAUGGAAUGUCCGAUAUGUGGUGGCCUGCGCGGUGAUCCUGCUGCUGAUCCUGAACGAACCCGUCGAUGCCCGAUUGACCCGGCGACCCAGGCGCACCACCACGCCCAGGAGCACCACCAGUCGGGCCACCGUGAAUCCGGAUCGCCACCAGCACCUUCACCACUGGCCACCACUGGUGGCACCACCGGCACAGCCACAGCCCCAACCACAACCACAUCCCCAAGUGGUUGUGGUGCAGAAACCCAUUCACUCGGAGUCCAGUCCCCGGCUGAUUGACAGCUUCGAUCAGAGAUCGGUCGACGGGCAGUACGAGUUCAGAUAUCAACUGGACAACGGGAAUACCCGCUACGAACGCGCCUACUGGCUGCCCGUUGGCAAAGAGCUUGUCCUGGCCAAGAAGGGUUACUACUCGGUGCCCCUGCCAAAUGACAAAUACUCGACCGUCUUCUACACGGCCGAUCAUCGUGGCUACCAUGUGGACAUGCAGACAUUAACCGGAGAGCAGCCGCUGUUGCCGCGGAGCCUCGAAGUGCCCGGAGUGGAGAGGGAAAUGGGUGCGGGAUUGGGUUCGGGAAUGGAAAUGGGAUCUGGAACUGGAACGGGGACUAAGCGAAAUUCAAUAAGCGGUCCGGAGCGUAACGAGCUGGAUGUGGAUGUGGGAGUGGAUAGGGAUGUGAAUGUGGACGCAAGUGGAGCUGGCACCGAGAUGGUUCCUAAUGCUGUAGACCAAGUCGAAACCGAAACCGAACCAUCAACUUUGGCCAACGACAUUUUGGCAACUGAAGCACCAGCCGACAUCCACGACGACGAUGACGAUGAUGAUGACGACGCUGUUGAUGAUGAUGAAGGCGCCUCAAACUGA